UCCGGCAGCGGCGGCUGCAGCCUCGCUCUGGACCCUGCGGCUGGCGGCCGAGCCGUGUGUCUCCUCCUCCGCCGCCGCCAUAUUGUCUGUGUGAGGAGAGGGGAGAGCGGCCGCCGCCGCCGCCACUUCCACCGCAGUUUGAAGAAAGCAGGUCUGAAACAAGGUUUUACCCCAGCUGCCUCUGAACACGGUGACUGCCAGAUCUCCAAACAUCCAGUCCAGCUUUGUCCGCCAACCUGUCUGACAUGUCGGGACCCGUGCCAAGCAGGGCCAGAGUUUACACAGAUGUUAAUACGCACAGACCCCGAGAGUACUGGGAUUACGAGUCACAUGUGGUGGAAUGGGGAAAUCAAGAUGACUACCAGCUGGUUCGAAAAUUAGGCCGGGGUAAAUACAGUGAAGUAUUUGAAGCCAUCAACAUCACAAAUAAUGAAAAAGUUGUUGUUAAAAUUCUCAAGCCAGUAAAGAAGAAGAAAAUCAAGCGUGAAAUAAAGAUUUUGGAGAAUUUGCGAGGCGGUCCCAACAUCAUCACACUGGCAGACAUUGUAAAAGAUCCUGUGUCACGAACCCCCGCCUUGGUUUUUGAACACGUAAACAACACAGACUUCAAGCAAUUGUACCAGACGUUAACAGACUAUGAUAUUCGAUUUUACAUGUAUGAGAUUCUAAAGGCCCUGGAUUAUUGUCACAGCAUGGGAAUUAUGCACAGAGAUGUGAAGCCCCAUAAUGUCAUGAUUGAUCAUGAGCACAGAAAGCUACGGCUAAUAGACUGGGGUUUGGCUGAGUUUUAUCAUCCUGGCCAAGAAUAUAAUGUUCGAGUUGCUUCCCGAUACUUCAAAGGUCCUGAGCUACUUGUAGACUAUCAGAUGUACGAUUAUAGUUUGGAUAUGUGGAGCUUGGGAUGUAUGCUGGCAAGUAUGAUCUUCCGGAAGGAGCCAUUUUUCCACGGACAUGACAAUUACGAUCAGUUGGUGAGGAUAGCCAAGGUUCUGGGGACAGAAGAUUUAUAUGACUAUAUUGACAAAUACAACAUUGAAUUAGAUCCUCGUUUCAAUGAUAUCUUGGGCAGGCACUCCCGUAAGCGAUGGGAACGCUUUGUCCACAGUGAAAACCAGCACCUUGUCAGCCCUGAGGCCUUGGAUUUCCUUGACAAGCUGCUGCGGUAUGACCAUCAGUCACGGCUCACCGCAAGAGAGGCCAUGGAGCACCCCUAUUUCUACUCUGUUGUGAAGGACCAGGCUCGAAUGGGCUCCUCUAGCAUGCCAGGGGGCAGUACGCCUGUCAGCAGCGCCAAUAUGAUGUCAGGGAUUUCUUCAGUGCCAACCCCUUCACCCCUCGGACCUCUGGCAGGCUCACCAGUGAUUGCUGCUGCCAACCCCCUUGGGAUGCCUGUUCCAGCUGCCGCUGGCGCUCAGCAGUAAUGGCCCCUUCUGUCUCCUGAUGCCUGAGCAGAGGUGGGGGAGUCCACUCUCUCCUUGAUGCAGCUUGCGCCUGGCGGGGAGGGGUGAAAUACUUCAGAAGCACCGUGUCUGAACCGUUGCUUGUGGAUUUAUAGUAGUUCAGUCAUAAAAAAAAAAAUUAUAAUAGGCUGAUUUUCUUUUUUUCUUUUUUUUCUUUCUUUUUUUUUAACUCGAACUUUUCAUAACUCAGGGGACUCCCUGAAGAAUUACCUGCAGGUGGAAUAUUUCAUGGACAAAUUUUUUUCUCCCCUUCCAAAUUCAGUUCCUCAUCACUAAAGAACAAAGAAACCAGCCUCAAUCCCGGCUGCUGCAUUCGGGUGGAGAUUUAUUCCCAUGCCCACCAUUUCUCCCCCACCAUCCCACACUUUGGGGGGUUUGUAUCUCAUGCUCUUCUCCAGAGAUUACAAAAAUAUAGCUUCUUCAAGGGAGGAGGGAAGGAAGGAGGAAGGGGGUACCCAACCUCUAAGAGGAGCAUACUGCUGGUCACUGAUACCACUUUACUCCCAAAGUGCUUCAGUGGGCUUAUCCUGGUAAAUCUAGUGGAAACAUGUCCUAGUUACAUUGAGAUGCUAAAAAAUCUACCCAAAGUGCAGACAGGUCCUGAAAACUCAUGUUCAGUAUGAAUCAUGUCUUGUUGACCUAACCCUAAAUCCAGCUCACUUAGAAUUUUAGUUUCAGUUUAGUUUACAAUGUUAAUUCCUUCCCUCCCGAGCUCUUCUCCUUGAUUCUCUCCCUUUUCGUUUCCUGACGCGUUCUAUAGCUGGUAGGAGAGGGAAGGCAAAGUCUUUUUCAGUUUUCUUUGACUUGGCCAUUUUGAAUUCAGUUAGUUACUGGGCAUAACUUAUUGCUUUUCACAAAAGAAAAUACUGUCUAUAUAUAGGUUUCAUGUUAGCAAGUCUUUAAGAGCUAAUGGGAGAUGUGGCCACACUGAGUUUCAUUUUAAGCUUUCUACCUUCUUUUCCUCCUGCCUUCCCCUUCCCUCUCAUGCCAUCCAGUGAGAAGACCUGCCCUUCAGUCUUGUAAAUGUAUCUGAGAGGUAGGAGCAGAGCCACUAUCUCCAGUGAAACUGAAAUGGUAGACCUGUAAUUGUGGGAAAACUAAACUCUCUUGUUACAGCCCUGCCACCCCUUGCUGUGUGUAUAUAUAUAAUACUUUGUUCUUCAUAUGUGAAAGAUCCAGUGUUGGAAUUCUUUGGUGUAAAUAAACGUUUGGUUUUAUUUAUCAAGGUUA